AUGGCGGACCAAGGCCGUGGCGAGGGACAGAACCCCAAAGGCAAGAAAACUGCUACCCGUCAGUCGCGAUCUUGUCGUGUGUGUCGUUUGCGUAAAGUCAAGUGUGAUCGAGUCAAGCCAUGCCAUGCUUGCUGUGCUCAUGGCCAUCCUUCAAAAUGUGUCUACGAUAUUGGGCCGGAUGACGAUGAAGCGCAGCCUAUCGCCCAGGCGGAGGAGAUUCAAAAUCUCCGAAACGAGAUUAAGGAGUUGAGGACGAGAAUCAAUCAACAAGGCGGACAAGAAGCGCGGACUCGCAAACUAGCCGAACUCGAAAGACUCUUCCAAGCAAUCCGUUCAGAACCAAUCGACGUAGUUGAUAAUCUAGUUGGCAGUAUCCGAACUAACCGUCAAGAUCGUCUCUCGAAAGCCACUGUGAAAAGAGUAGAGAACUUACCUCUGCGGAUGCUUACUCCUGCUAGCUUUGACGACAAAGACGACGACGGUGAAACCCUGGAAGGAUGGCACCUCGUUCGAUCAAGGAAGCCAUAUUCAGGUUUCAGUGACUCACACAGUAGUAGCAGUGGCAGCGGCAGCAGUAGCAGUACUGACAGUAUCACUGUUGAUGAAGACUGGAGUGGUCCGUUAUCUCGAUUUGCGCCACAGAAACCAAUGCUAGAUUUGUUUAUACAACGAUUUGUUGACGCUUUUAGCCCCGAAGUUGACGCAAGCUCCGGUCACGCGGGAGCCUUGCGGGCCGGUGCUGAGAUUCGAAUGUUUUCUCCAUUGAUAUCAAGUGCUUAUGAUGCUGUAUCGUUGACAUUCUUUGGCCGCACUGUCAAAGACCCUCGUAUCGAAGCGGCUGGGAUAAAACUUUACCCUAAAGUCUUGCGGUCGCUGCAGGAGGCAUUGUUGGAUCCAGAACGGAGUCGCUCGGAAGCAACACUGGUUACUGUAACGCUCCUUUUGGCCUUUGAGAGUAUCGAACGAACGUCGGAUGCGGGCGUCGUGGCGCACGUUAGAGGAGCUGCACAAUUGAUACAGCAUCGAGGACCAGAAAACCAUGUCCAAGGUGUUGAACAUCUGUUAUUUGCAGAGCUACGGCCAUACUGGGUUGGAGUCUCACUCGUCGAUCGAAAACCAUGUUUCAUGGACAACGAUGCUUGGAAAAAUAUACCAUGGUCUAUGGGCACGACUACGAAAGAUAUGCUGCAUUAUUUGAUUGAUCUUGUCGUUGAAAUACCUGCAUUACUGGGAGAACAUGAUGACCUCGUUGCUGCUCAAGAGUCACAAAUACUAGGAAAAGGCGAAUUACGCGCCAAACAGGCACGCCUAUGGAAUGCCUUGAGCGAUUUGACGAAUCGAUUCGAACAAUGGAAGAGAAAACACGUUGAUACUUAUUCCGGAGGCCCAAUAAAAGAGAUGGAAAUACCCCAAUCGUCUACCGACCCAUUCCCGAUCUUUCGGUGUCGUGACCUACGAACAAUGAAGAUUGUCGAACCACCACCACUUGUCUACCCAGAUCUGAGGCUGCUACAAACUAUGUGCUUCUACUACGCGAUCAGACUGAUAUUCUCCACUAUUGAUGAUCGACCCGAAGGCACCGUCAGUAUGCCGGAGAAAUACCAAUUUGCAUGUGGAAUCACACGUAGCCUGGAGGAUUACCUUCGCCGUGCACCGGGAAACAUGAUCAACCGACUUGCUUUUGCGACAAGAGUUGCAUGGGAGGCGUUUCCGCCUGGUGGUCCGGAGCGAGAGUUCAUGGGCCAAGUGUUUAAUCUUGUUGAGAAGCGGCAUUCGUUGCGGUUAUGGGGAAGUUUUAUGCCGGAGUUGACUACUCGUCCUGGGUCUCCUCCUUGA